UCUAACCACUAUUAGAUUACACGAAGAAGAAAAAGGACGCGCAGGCGCGGAUUGAAAACAUUUGUGAAACUAUCAGCUUUGCGUAUUUAUCAAAACGAGUGCAACCACCGAUGCUUGAAUAGGAUGAAUCCCGAGAGCACGGACGAGCCCAUAGUUUACCGAAGCGUCGUGCUGAAGGACGUCGCUCCGUAUCAGUACAUGAAAGUCUGCCUCGUACUGGAGGACAAGUCGACCAAAGUGAGUGCGGUUGACCUGAAGUACUUUAUCAUCUCUGGCUUGAAGAGUCUGCACGGAGAAGUGGGGGCCGCGUUACACUUUGAUGUGUUCAAGUACAAUGAAGAUACCCUCACUGCUUUUCUGCGCGUAUCCAAAAGUGGUUUGGUGAAACUUUGGACCUCGUUGACACUGCUGGGCUUCUACAACAACCAGUGCUGCGCCUUUCGAGUCCUGCAGGUGUCGCCAUUCCUGCUGUCGCUGACUGGAAAUAGCCGCGAGCUGGAGCUGGACUGACGUCGCAGGCAACUCACAA